AUGUACCAAGAAAUUUUUACCUACCACAACGAUACGGCUUGUAAAGCUGAAUUCGCCUACAACGUUGUUGAUAAAAUCUACAAUGCAUUCCGGCAAUGGUAUUUUACAAUAAUCUUUUGUGACUUCACAUAUUUUGAAAACAGGAUACUCAAAUACACGGAAACGAAGGAUUAUGGUUAUCCUGUCAUGCUUCUUAGUGGAUGUGCAUCGUCAGCGUCUACAAAAGUCAAGCCUAAGAUAGCCAAACAUGGGGCAACCGCAUACAUUAUUACGUCUGAAGAACUCUCCUUAGAAGUCAAUGACGACGUCAUCGGGGCUCUAAUUAGAACCGGAGUCUUUAAACCAAGAAGUCCUCUUAUAUUCGUCAUAAACCUCCCAGUUGAUGUGGACAGCUACUUCUACUAUGACAUGCAGAGACACUUUCAACUGCUUUGGAGUAGAAGUAUCACCAAUUCUGUGUUAAUUGUAUGGAACGAAAAACUAAGAAUGUAUACCUACAACGCCUUCCUUAACGAAGUGAAAGAUAUCACUGAUGAAAAGAACGUUGGAAGUUACUUGAGUCGACAAUAUUACAAUCUCAACGGCCAUCAGUUGCGUUUAAGCGUAUUCAGACAAGUAUAUUUAUCAAAUGAAACGGGACCAGUAAAAUGUCAGUCGAUAUUAGCCAAAACAGUUAUGUCUUCUUUAAACGCAUCUUGUUUACCUCUGAUGCCCAGAGAUGGAAGCACCGUUGGAGAUCUAUUAGACAACGGAACAGCAACCGGGGUCACAGGUGAUCUCAUAGACGGAUACACCGAUCUAGAGUUAAGUUCAAGAAUACUUAAAACUACGUAUUAUGGGUACAUUGACACGACGUAUCCAUUAACCAAUGACGAGUUGUGUUUCUUGGUUAAAAAAGCUGAAAAACAAUCAACCUUUACAUCAGUCCUGCAGUUGAUAUCGUCGAAUAUCCUUAUGUUGUUCUUGUCUAAUGUAGUUAUCUUAAUAACUAUUGCUAUGAUAGCUCGGAAGUUGGAAACUCAUAUUUUGGGUCAGAAUCAACAGACAAAUGGAUCGCCGCUAAUGGACUUGGUAAAAUGCUUUUUGAAACAGACAGCGGAUAUAAAAUUUUUAGGACCAGUGUUUAGAUUUUUAAUAUUUAUGAUUAUCAGUUAUUCCCUGGUUAUUAACAGCGUGAUUGAUGGCAUCAUCUACUCAGCUAUAACGUAUCCCCGAUACAAAUCAGACAUUAAUACUUUAAAACAGUUAUAUGAAACAAAUUUAACUUUUGGUGUCCACAACAGACACAUGAACAUUUAUAAAAGCAGCUUGACGGAACAUAACAAUGAAAUAACUUUGAAACGCACAGAAGCAUUCAACGAUAAGAAAAUCAAAGAAGUUUUAGAAAACAGAAAGUUUGAAUACGCCAUAUUGUUAAGAAAAACGGAAGCGCAACACAUAAGCAGAAAUCCUUCAAAUAUGGCGAAAGGAAAGCCAAUAUUUCAUACUGUUUUACAAUGUCCAAUACCAUGUUCAAUCGUGUACGGUUUGCGGUAUGGCAGUCCAUAUCUUCCAAGGAUAAAUUACAUAUUACAUCAUUUAAACCAAGGUGGGAUUUUGCAGUACUGGUCGAAAUCUGACGAAUUAGGUGUAAACACACAUUUUGACAAAUUGCUCAUAAAUGCUAACAAUAAGGACAGAAAAGCACUGGGAAUUAAUAAUCUGAAAGAAGUUUUUUACGUUUGGUUGUUCGGAUUACUUUUGAGUUGUUUUGCAUUUUUGUUUGAAAUACUUUGGAGAGCUGUGGUGGUGAUAGAGCUGGAGAUCCAAGUGUCGGUGGACGCCAUAUUGUGA